UCUUCCUCCUUCAUUUGGUCGUCGGUGUUUGUGCGGUGAACAUUGUAGUACGUUGUGCGUAACACGUGCUUCUAAUUAUUUCUUUAUAAUUUAAAAAGUAUAUUCCAAUCCAAAAAACAUAAUGGCAGACGCAGCCAUCGAAAAGAAUGACGCCGCGCCCGAGGAGGUCACCUCAACAGAGGUGAAAGAAUCUCCAGUUAAGAAAUCUCCCGCCAAAAAAAUUGCGGAAGUUGCCGAGAGCAACGGGAAGGAAGAGAACGGCAGCGAAGCAGCGUCGGAAGAUGCGCCAGCUGAAAAUGGCGACGCCGAGGAAAGCAAUGAUGCCACCGAAAAUGGUGAAAAUGGUGCAAAUGGUACCACAGAAAAGAAAGAAGCCGGCGUGAAGAGGAAAUCCGUCCCAGCGGAUAACGGAGAGACAGAGAAGACCACACCAGAAAAGAAGGCGAAAGUUGUGGAAGAAGCGACACCCGCGGAAGAAGAGGCGGCAGCCUAAAGCGUCGGCACCACAUUACCUCGCUUGGUUUACUGCAAUGCAACCAUGUUCAUUAGAGCUCAACUUGCCCAGAUAAAUACCCAACUCAUGUAAUGAACAAACUACUUGGACUUCCUAACAUUAUAAAUUUUACAGUAUAUAGGUAGAUAAUAAUACAAUAGAUUCUAAACACAUCGCCAUGGUGUGCUCUUGCUUGCAAACCUUUUGGUAUCCACACACUUAGGGUGUCUUUGUAGUUCCCAUUCAAAGUAUAUUUUUAUGCCGCAUGUACAAUUAAAAGUUGAGCUCUUUUGUGACCGCACUUAUGCUUAGGUUUAUAAUACAUUGUGUAUUAAAUCUUACCUGUGAAGUACCUGUAAAUUGUAAAUUUAAUGUUACUGUCAGUUGUGACUGAAGUGUGCAUCGCAGUGAACUGAUCAUAAUUGUACGAGUUGGUUUAGGUGUUGUAUGCUGUUUUCGAGUAUUGGUGUCUCAUUUCAACAGACUAGUAGCGGUGGAUUAUUGAAUUGAUGAUAUUAGCUUAUAUCGGGUUACAUAUUUCGCCAGUAAAAUACUGCCAAAGUAAUUCACCAAGUGUGAAAUCAAUUCACAAUCCGUUCUGUGAACGACGCGUAUUGUAAAACAGCUUCCGAAAAACAUGGAUUUUAGAUAAAACAUAAGAAUUUAAUUAAAGGUUUAGAUAAUUAUUUCAGUUUAAAUUUAAGUUAGCAGUUAAUAACGCACAUUUUAUAUAUCAUAGGCAUUAUUACUUAACCAUUUGAACAUUCCUUUGACAUUUUGGUUACGGUUUGCAGUGUGAACGAGUUACUUCCUUUCCACUGAGAUUGGGAGUUAAACCUACAUACUGUUGACUUACAUGUAUGUUAUAACUGUUCUUUACUCAGUGUGCGGAGGAUUCUCGUUAUUUAAAAUAUUGUUCACAUUGUAACACUAAUUUUAAGACUUGAAAUUUAAUUAAAAGUUCAAAGUUGACAAAUAAGGUGAUAGUUCAUAUUGACAUAACUAACUUUUGCGUGCUAUUUUUGUGUUUGUAUUCUAUGGACAACUUUAUUUUUCUUAUAUCCUGUUUUUCUAAUUUAUUUUCUUAUAUUGUGAUAGUAACAGACCUCGAAUGUAAGAUAAUCCUUGUGAAAACGAAUCUUCAUUUUUAUUGUCAAGUAAGUCACUGUGUUCUUGCUAUGAUUAAAUUAUACUAAAGUUGUGACUAACGUUUACAGAUUGAAAGUUUUGAUGCAAAGUACAUUUAGUAUUAGAUUUAAAGUAGUCUGUACAGUUACAAUUUACUUCUCUCAACUGUGGAGUUAGUGUUUGUAAAACAUUUCUGGCAAUAAAAUAGUCCAAUCAAA